UGAGCUGACAGCCCUGGCGCAGGCAGCCCACAGGGCUGCGGGGGCUCCUUCCCGGAGCUCCCCAACCCCCCCAAGGGGGGUCCCGAAGCGCCCCCAGCUCCGGGCCGGGCACUGAGGCAGCGGGGAAGGCGAAGGCCGCCCCGCGGGCCUCUUCUGUCCCUCGGCAGCCACCGUUUUGCGCGGAACCCGGCCGGGGCUGAGGCGGCGGAAGGGGGCGGUGCGGGGGGGGGGGCAUUUCCUGGCGGCUCCGGCGGCGGGGAGCGGGGAGCACCAUGCCCAAGUUUUAUUGCGACUACUGCGACACGUACCUCACCCACGACUCGCCCUCCGUGAGAAAAACCCACUGCAGUGGCCGAAAGCACAAAGAGAAUGUGAAGGACUACUACCAGAAAUGGAUGGAGGAGCAAGCCCAGAGCCUGAUUGAUAAAACAAUAGCGGCUGCAUUCCAGCAAGGGAAAAUUCCACCGACGCCGUUCUCAGCACCACCCCCUGGAGGAGCCAUGAUACCGCCCCCUCCCAGCAUCCCUGGUCCCCCCCGACCUGGCAUGAUGCCAGCCCCUCAUAUGGGUGGGCCCCCAAUGAUGCCAAUGAUGGGCCCGCCUCCGCCCGGAAUGAUGCCCGUCGGACCUGCUCCAGGGAUGAGGCCACCGAUGGGAGGACACAUGCCAAUGAUGCCAGGGCCCCCAAUGAUGAGACCGCCCUCAAGACCCAUGAUGGUGCCAACCAGGCCAGGCAUGACCCGCCCAGACAGAUAAAGGUGGAAAUGGAGCUCCGUGGCUUUUUUCGUUUUAUGAUCUUCCACAUGCUAAAAUGCCGUAGACUUACGUCCCGAGGAUUUUAUAUGAAAACAGUGUGUAGAGGAAAUCUGCUGUUGUUUCAAAUUGCAGACGGUUUGACCUAGAUGCACACUGGGCUGAUGCUUUUGUAACUGGUCUGGGUUUUUUUGUUUUGUUUUUUUUUGAUUUUCCCCCGUUGAAAUAAAACAUUGAUGCUGGUUUA